UUCGAAUACAGGAAACGACUCUGUAUAUAAGCCGGAGAGAUUGUGUGUCCGACACGCAGACAUGGUAUCCACUGAUCUCCAACCCCAGGGUCCAUUGAUGCUCCCGUCGGCAUUCACACGAGCGAGUCGUCGCGGACGAUGACACACAACGCCGGGCUCGCAAGGAUGGAUGGUGUGUCAUGAAAGAUCUUCAACAAAUAAAUGCCUGCCAAAUGCUUGCCAUGCGUCUUGUUAACCUCAACGAACGACGCUCGUCACCAUUCUUCAUCCACCCGCCAGCACCACCAUCACCACCAUCAUCACCUCACCAUCCCCAACCGCACAGCAUGCCAGUCGUCAAGACUCGCCUCACCGGCCCCUCCGACGCCGCCGCAGUGGCCGCUCUCCUCUUCGGCCUCCUCGACGAGCUCUGGAGCGGCAACGGCCCCGACGUCGAAUCCCUGACGCGCACCGCCGCGAGCGUCCUCGGCGACCCGACCGUCACCGCCGCGCUCGCCUACGUCGUCGAAGAUGACGAUGGCGAUGAUAACAACGACGACGAGCAGCAGCAGCAGAAGCAGCAGAAGCAGCGACACCAAGAGCCCGUCGGCGUCGUCACCAUCAACGAGUGCACCGCCAUCUACGCCGGCGGCAAGUUCGGCGAGGUGUCGGAGCUGUACGUCUGCCCGCGCAUGCGCUCGCGAGGCGUCGCGCCGCACCUGAUUGACGUGGCCGUGGAGCUCGCCCGGCGGCGCGGGUGGAAGCGCUUGGAGGUUUGCGCGCCGUCUCAGCCGAGAUGGAGUCGUUCGCUGAGCUUUUACAAACGGAACGGCUUUAGGGAGCUGGGGCCCAGGCUGUGCCGGGAUGUCUGA